AUGAAGCGUUCUUCCUCUUCCAACUCAGACUCACACCAGGGUCAGCUCGACUCGCCCCACUCGCCUCUCCGAUUCCACUCCCCUCUCCGAUCCGACCAGGGCGACCCGGCCGAGUCCCCUCCUUACUCUUCCCCGAUCAAUUCGCCGGAGAAGCCCACCCCUCCCUCCGUCGACAACUCCAAGGCUGUCGUUGCGGUCGACAAAUUCACGCAGUACACUCCGCAGCCCUCCCCUCUACAGCCGUCGUCCUUGAAUAAUGCUGCGGCGGCGGAGAUGGGAGCGUCUAUGAACCGAGCAGUGAGAGAGGAGGCGGCACCGUCGGUGAGGAAGGUAGGGCCGGAAGGAGGGAGAUCGGGAGCCGCCGUCGGGUCCAUACUGCGGCGCUCGGGGAAGGAAGACAUGGUUCGGCUCGCGGAGCUCUGUUUUCGGAUUGGUGAGCUGGUACUGUGCUUGAUUUCGUUCUCGGUGAUGGCGGCCGAUAAGACUCAGGGCUGGAGUGGGGAUUCCUUUGACAGAUACAAAGAGUAUAGGUACUGUUUGUCUGUAAAUGUGAUUGGUUUUGCUUACUCUGCAUUUCAAGCCUAUGAUCUCGGCUACUACAUGGGUACUGGGAAGCAUGUGAUUCGCCACCAUCUACGUUGGCACUUCAAUUUCUUCAUCGAUCAGGCAAGUCCAUGGUUUCUCCACAACGUAUUGUUAGCUCGAGCAGUGCAAAUAUUGAACUUGUAAUCGUCACAUUGUCUAAUGUCUAUCAAGUCUUUAGAUGGGUCAUAAUAGUUUCAACUGUUGGGUCACAUUGUCUAUCAAUUACCGAGAGAAUGGUGCUUGUAUCUGUUCGGAUAGAACAGUUGAGUCCGUAGUUUGAACUGUAAUCAGUUCCAGUUUCUGGUUUGGGUUUCUAUUUUGCCCAAUUGCAUGCUUCUGAGUAGGUACGGCCACUCGUUUUCUCAACAUGAGAGGUUUAUUCCCUUAAUGCAUCCAUAUUUUCUUUCUAGUUUCUUUCGUUAUUCAUGAUUCUAUCUGGGUAGCGAGCUGCUCAUAGUGGCAAGAUGUUUGCACCAGGAGUAUAGUUACCCUUCGGUUUGGGUUAAUAAUGAGGCUGUUCCUGUAAUUAUCGAUUUACCUCUCUGUAAGUUGAACAGCUCUUAUGUUAUCUGUAGCCACUUCAUUUAGAAGUUAUCAGCCGACAGUCGGUCCCUUUAUGCAAAAUAUGCAGAACACAGUUUUCAUUACUUAAGCACACUAUCAAGCUCUUAAUGCGG